CUCCCAAUUCUCUUCAUCAACCGAACUAUAACUACUACCUCUGACAAUAUAUUCCUGUACCACCCAGAUUCACAUAGGAGCGCAGUAUCAUUAGCACCUAACACCGUCAUAGAUUUGUCAAUGAUAUUAGUUGAUCUACAAGAGGCUCUAAACAACCUGGAAGUCAUCGAAAAGCUGAUGUUACCAUCUCCUAGCUAAACGAGUAUAGUGACACUGUGACCGAUACAACCUUGGGACUCAUCUAUCAAUCAAAUUGCAGUAACGGUCUAACAUAUAGCAUCAUCGAUAACAUCGAUAACAUCGAUAAGAAUGCCACUGAAGAUUAUCAUCUGUGGUGCCGGCAUCGGGGGUCUUUCAGCGGCAGGAUUCCUCCGGGCUAAGCACGAUGUCACAGUCCUUGAACGGGGAGAACUGGACUUCACAGUAAAUGACUAUGGACUGUCGGUCGUUUCGAACUCAUUCAACCUCUUGGAAAGGGCAGGGAUCAAGACAGAAAAUCUCGAUACGGUUGUUAUGACACAUGUCUGGCAGAGAGGCCCUAAUAAUGAAGAGUUGAAGACCAUGCAUUUCGAUACGAGGGCGAGAUUUGGCGGAGCUCCCUCUGUAUUAGUGAAACGUGCCCUGCUACAAAAAGAGCUGCUGCGAUUCGCAACUGGCCCCGAGUUUUCCGGAGCACCCGCGAACAUCAUUCAAAAUGCUAAGGUAACGCGAGUCGACCCUGCUGCUGGUAAGGUCUGGACCGAAGACGGCCGAGAUUUUGAAGGCGACUUAAUUAUCGGAGCAGACGGUAUCCACUCGGUCGUCCGCAGCGCCGUCCUUGGAGAGGAUAUCACGGCAUCUAUCAGGACUUACAAUACCCUUACUUUCAUGGCGCAAUUGUCCGUCGAAGAUCUGAAGUCGGAUCCUGGGUUUGCUUACUUGGCCGACCCCACGACCCAAGCCGGGCUCUGCAGCGCACACGCAAAUUCGGGGCCCCGCGUAAACAAGCGCAUUCUGACUUAUCACACAUCACCCCGUGGCUUGCAAGUUGUAGGAUACACCUCCGAGAAUGAGUUUUCCGAAAUAUUUGACUCUGCCAAGACAGCCAUCAUCAGGGACGUCCCCGUAUCGCGGGUAGUUGAGGACUUUGCCCCUGAGUUCGCAGAAGGAUUCGUCAAUCUCUUCCGACAUAGCCAAGUCGACGCGUGGAGGAUUCGCGAUGUGGCGCCCCUAAGCACCUGGUUUUCUGGCAAGGCAUUGUUGAUAGGAGAUGCGGCUCAUGCGGUAACGCCCCACGCUGGGCAAGGAUGCAACGUCACAAUCGAAGACGCUGAAGCGCUAGGGUAUCUUUUGAAAGAUGUUGAAUCGCCCGAUGCUAUCCCAGAGGUGUUACAGAGGUUCAUGGCGCUUCGGAAAGACCGUGUGGCCUUCGUCACGAGGCGUUCGCAUGAGCUGGGCAAUAUACAGACAGAGGAAGAGAAGACCAAAGAGCUCAUCACACCUGAGCAGUUUGCGAGGACGAUAUAUACGUAUCAGGGUGCUGAGAAGGCAUUGAGUGGGCAGCAGAUGCCUCCAGCCGUGCGACCAACAUGAAAUGGAUGGGCUUACGGAUUGAUUUCUUGAUUUCUUCGGCCUUGGUUUAAGAAAGUCUUAACGAUUUACGCUAUAUAUGAGAAGCCUUAUUAUGAUAUCUACCAGUAUGUAUGA